AUGGAAGCUGGAGAACUGGUUCCUUUAGAAAUUGUACUAGAUUUGAUCAAGGAAGCAAUGCUUAAAGAUGUUGCAAAGCACUGUAAAGGAUUCUUGAUAGACGGUUACCCUAGAGAGGUGAAACAAGGCGAGCAAUUCGAGAAAGAAAUUCAAGAAGCCAAGUUAGUAAUCUUUUUCGACGUAUCCGAAAACGUAAUGGUGGAACGACUACUGCAUCGAGCACAAACAAGUGGACGUGCCGAUGACAACAUAGAAACGAUCAAGAAACGAUUGAAGACGUUCUCGAACGCUACUGCUCCAGUUGUUGAGUAUUAUCAAAAAAAGAAAAAGCUCGUACAAAUCAAGGCGCAAGGAACCGUCGACGAAAUUUUCGCCAUGGUUGUGAAGCAUCUCGACGUAGCGCUGGCAGCAUCAUGA